AUGAGUGAAAAUGAUUUGGCAGCAACAAGAAAAACAUGUCGAAAACAUUGUGGUGAAGGUGGAUGUAUACCACUCAAUAUCGACUUUGGAAUUGCUGUGAAAGGUAUUGUGGAUGAAGAUCAUGUGACAUUACCUGUACGUCUAUCAGUUUCGGCUUGGGAUGAACCAAAUCCACAUCCUGCUUACAAUCAAAGUCCUACUGAGAUGGAUGGCAUUGUGACCGUACGUGAUUUAAUUGUUGGCAAAUCCUAUGUUCUUCUCCGAUACUCAUCUUAUGAAUAUGUACCAACGAAAGGCACCAUCAGUGAUUUUCUAUUGUCAAAUUUUGAUGAGAAACAUGCAUUUGUAGCAAAUGAUACGAUCUACAUUUAUGAAGAUCCAAAGAAAAUUCCAUCAACAGGAUCAGUGUAUUAUCGAUGUGUUCUACAACCCGAAGAAUGA